CUUUUCUCAGAUACUGCUUUGAGGACAUCGGGGCUAAUGGACAAAUCUGAACUCUAUCAUUAUCAGUGUGUUUGGUGCAGGAUGCUCUCCACGGUGCAGGACAGCACUCGGCUCGCGCUCUCAGGGGCGACACGAAGACGCGUCCUCACGGCACGUGCUCGCAAAAACCUCCUGGAUUUUGGUGGAGUUAAUGGGUGUCAGAAAGCGCAGCGGGUGUCUGGCAGCGGGCAUUGAGGAGAAGCUUUAUAUGCUCUCUAACCUGAAGAAGAAAAUGGAGAAGAGAACAGGCGAAGAGUCGGGAGAAGUUUGAGCGCGUGCACACGAGCGGGUGUUUCCCGAGCUGAACGCGCAACAAAGGUUUUACUCUCCAUGGCAAUGUUACACAGCAGUGAAUGGUGGUGGAAUGACUCGGAGCGAUCUGCCAAUGUGAUGCCGAACUCCAGCCUGGGUCCAGUUGUGGAGGAUGGGGUUCGCAACUACUACGCCAUGUUCUAUUCACUACUCAUCCUGGCGAUUGUUUUUGGGAAUGUUUUAGUGUGUUUGGCAGUGGUUCGAGAAAAGUCGCUUCAAACCACAACAAAUUAUCUUGUGGUUAGUCUGGCUGUGGCUGAUCUGCUGGUGGCGUCACUGGUUAUGCCUUGGGUUGUCUAUUUAGAGGUGGUCGGUGGCUCUUGGCUCUUUAGCCGUUUGUACUGCAAUAUUUUUGUGACACUGGACGUGAUGAUGUGUACAGCCAGCAUCCUUAAUCUGUGUGCCAUCAGCAUCGACAGGUACACAGCCGUAGUGAUGCCUGUACUGUACAACACCACUGACAGUUCACGUAAAAGAGUGUCAGUCAUGAUAGCCGCAGUGUGGAUCCUAGCCUUUGCUGUCUCAUGCCCUUUACUGUUUGGCUUCAACACCACAUAUGACCCACUGGUGUGCUCCAUAUCGAACCCUGAUUUUGUCAUCUAUUCAUCUAUAGUGUCAUUCUACCUUCCCUUCAUGGUGACGUUGCUAGUUUACGUGCGCAUUUACAUCUUCCUCAGGAGGAGGAGGAAGAGGAUAAUGUUUCGGCAAGCCAGCAGUGAAGCUCCGCCAAGACCAACGCUGCCAACUGCAGAGACAUGUUUGCAAGAGGACGCUCAGAAAGACAGACGCGACCUGUCUCCCAUCAGGAUCAACGUGGUAAAUGAGAGCACCGAGAAGAUGGGUCGUCCCCAGCUGCUCUCAGGCUGCCUACGGCGAAAACGACCCAAGACCGUCCCCGUUGAUAAUUCUCUCCUUCCCCCGGCGGACACACCAAACUACUGCAGCAUCAGCCAGGCCUCUUUCGCUCGUACUGAACCUGAGCCCAAAUGUGACGAAGAGGUGGGGCAAGAAGAAGAAGAGCAGGCGACUGUGAGGAGUAGUGAAGUGAAGGAGCUGUCUAACGGACGUGCUCUCACCACAGCUCGGCCUCGUCGAGUCUCACGGUGUAACAACCAGAGCCGCUACAGGAACCGACAGUCCAGAGAGAAGAAAGCAACACAGAUGCUUGCCAUUGUACUGGGGGUCUUUCUUAUCUGCUGGCUGCCUUUCUUUGUGACUCACAUCUUGAACACUCACUGUCGGAAGUGCCAUGUCCCCCCCGAGCUGUACAACGCUUUUACCUGGCUCGGCUAUGUCAACAGCGCCCUCAAUCCAGUCAUUUACACCACUUUCAACAUCGAAUUUCGACGAGCAUUUAUCAAAAUCCUGACCUGCUGAACUUGAUUUUGUAAUUUUUCACACAUCCCUGCUGUAGAAUCGGUGCCAAAAUGUUAGACUUUUGAAAGCUGGUCGUCAGCUGGCCAUGUUCUAAAUCACUUCAUGCUUCCAACAAAGAGCCCAAUUGUAAAAACUGCACAUUUAAGGGCCACUGGAUUCAGUAAUAAAAUGAGGAGAGAAAAGUGUUA